UCAAUCAAAGAUGGCGGUCUAAAAAUACCGCAACUUUUUUUUUACAACAUAACCUAUUUAUAUAUUAGGUUUAACCCCCGCGGAAAGCUCAGAAUCACUGAACAUGCCUUUAAAUACCUCUGCAAUAGUGUGAGAAAACCUUGUGCCUAUUUAAUGCAAUUAACCGGCGUCGUAGACGCGUCCAUUAUAUUUUUUUUGAAGUCAGUUAAAAGGAAACUGAGCUCGGAAUCAUGGACAGAAAAAUGCUAUAUGCGUUUCGGGGAUGGAUAGCAUUCGUCGCCUUUAUGGAUCUUGGAACUGCCGUUCGAAGUUACAUUGAAAAGAGAUCGUUUUUAAGCAAAACCAUGGAUGCUGAUAAUACCGAGUUUAAUGAUGAGGAAUACACUACGUCGAGAAUGCUGGGAAUAUAUUCGAUAUUAAAAGCUUUGGCGCUAAUACAUUGUACUCUUUAUAUUCAUUACAAGCCAGCAGUAAGUAUGGGAAUAAGCUCGUUAAUAGUCAGCAUAAUUCUCUACAUAUCUGAAACAUUAUAUUUCAAAUCAGCAACAUUAAAUUUUUACGUGGUUUUUCCAUGUAUCUUAAACGCGGUAACAUUGGUUGGAUUGAUCUAUUUACCGAAACAUUUGAAAAUAUGGGAUCCCCCGGCUGAAACGGACGAGGAAAACGCUCAUCUUUUGCGUCAAUCCGGUGCGAUUCGCAGGAGACACAACGCGAGAAAAAGUAACAAGGACCACUGAAAUCGACCGAAAGAAAAUUGAAAAUUCUUAAUUAAUAAAAUCAUAGAUCUUUGUAGUUAGAUCCUUGAUGCGUUUCUUUACUAUUAUGAUUUUACUGUUGUUACAUAUCUUUGCAUUGACAAUAGGGUUCGUAAUGUAUUGAAGCAAAUUAGAAGCAAUUUUUUGAUAUUGUCUAGACACUAGAACACUAAAUUGUCCACUAGAUGAAUAAUUUUUAGGCGUUUAAUAAUGAAUAAUAUGUUCAAAAUGAAGGAACAACGUUGGAAUGGCCCCAGUUAAUUCGAACCGUUAAAAUAUAUUAAUACAACUGUUACGCAUAUUAAGAUUUUAAUUAAAUAAAAUUCUUAGAAAAUUAAAA